UGACGCCCAAACUCCUCCUCACAUAGAAGUGGGAUUGUUCAUCAUGGACGCCGUGUUCAGGAUCGCCGAAGUCCGACUAAUACCUAAACGUUUGUGAAUACAUUGAAUGUCUAGAAACGGAAUUAACAGUAUUAUUAUUUUAGGAAGCGCUGAGAGCUUCUUUAAUAUUUGACCUAUGAAUCGAGUUUGGAUUUACCUAUUUUCUGCGCUAUGCGCGCUUGCCUCAGGUGUAUAUCAGGUGGAGGCAAUGGAGGUGCUUACAUCCUCAGAUGUGGAGGCAGUCAACGGAACAAAUGUACGGCUAAAAUGUACAUUUAAAUCUACCCAUCCUCUGUCAGAAGAUAAAAUCACAGUAUCUUGGAGCUUCCAGUCCCUGGGAAAGACAUCAGAAGAAUGGUUUUUUCACCACCAGGGAAAAGCAUAUCCCCCAACCACUGGCCUGUUUAAGGAUCAUGCUGUAUGGUCUGGUGACGUAAUGAAGGGUGACGCCUCCAUCACGCUACAGAAUGUGCAGUUCACUUUCAACGGAACAUUCAGCUGUCAUGUCCGAAAUCCACCUGAUAUCCAAAGCUUUGCAGGCAAGAUCAGUUUCAAAGUUGUCCAAAAAGUAUCAUUUUCUGAAAUUGGAAUUUUGGCUAUAGCUGUGGGUGGAUCCAUUGGUAUUAUUCUCCUCAUCCUUACCAUCUAUGUCUGUGUGCGGUUGUUCAGAAGAAAGGACAAUGACAUGACCUUUGAGAUGGAUGAGGACAGAUCAAAGGACCGAGUGUUGUAAGAGAAGCCUGACUCAAGGUUUUAAUGAGUUUUUAAUAUUAGUGUGUUCUGUCUGGACUAACCUGUCUUUGACUACAUGAAACUAGAUUUUAAUGUUUCCAGUAUAUUUUAUAUACAUUUUUGUGUUUUUUUAGAUAAAAUUUCUGUUAUGAUUUUCGUAACCGUUGUUUUAGAUUUUUACUUACUUUACAUUUAGAGGGGUAUAUAAGAUAAUAAAAAGUUUUUAUGAAUGAA